CCCCUUCCCAGUCCAGCCCCCCCAGACCAGCCCCAAGAGGAGCAGGGGGCCGGGACCCCCCUGGGGACAACGGGUGACAGCGACCCCCCCGUCGGGGCUCCAGGGCAUGAGCAGGGCCCCGGGGGGGGGGACACGCGGGGACAGGCCCGGCCCCCCCCCGCCGUCCCCACCCUUUCCUGCCGCCUGAGUCAGCGCCACCCGGCCCCGACUUCCGCGUGUCCCACGGCUCGGGGGGUGUCCGGGGGGUGUCCGUCUGUCCGUCGGGGCAGCUGUCCGUCCGUCCAGGACCACCCGCUCUCAGCCCGCCGCUCUCCCCGCCACCAUGUACACGGCGCUCCCCAAAAGCGGCUCCCCCUUCGGCCCCGUGCCCACCCGCCCGGGGCUGCACAUCUGGCGGGUGGAGAAGCUGCGCCCGGUGCCGGUGCCGGAGGCGUUGGGCACCUUUUUUUCGGGGGACGCCUACCUGGUGCUGCACCUGGGGCCCGAGGAGCAAGCCCACCUGCACCUCUGGAUCGGCCGGGAGGCGUCGCAGGACGAGCAGGGCGCCUGCGCCCUCCUCUGCACCCAGCUGAACGCGGCGCUGGGCGAGCGCCCGGUCACCCACCGCGAGGUGCAGGGCAACGAAUCCGACGAGUUCAUGGAGUACUUCCCCCGCGGCACCCUGUGCCUGCAGGAGGGUGGCGUGGAUUCGGCCUUCAGGUCCGUGCGCCCCAGCGCUGGCCCUGGCCCCGUGCGCCGGCUCUACCAGGUGAAGGGCAGGAAGAAAAUUCGGGCGACCGAGCGGGACCUGAGCUGGGCCAGCUUCAACACCGGCGACUGCUUCGUCCUCGACCUGGGUGAGACCAUCUUCACCUGGUGCGGGGCUCGCUGCAACGUGCUGGAGCGCAGCCGGGCCCAGGAGCUGGCGGCGGCCAUCCGGGACGGCGAGCGGGGCGGCAAGGCCCGGCUGGAGGUGGUGGUGGACGGCGAGGAGCCACCGGAGAUGCUGCAGGUGCUGGGCCCCAAGCCCAGCUUGCAGGAGGGCAGCCCCGAGGAGGACGCGGUGGCCGACAGAGCGCGGACGGCCGUCCUCUACAAGGUGUCGGACGCGACGGGGCGCAUGGACCUGACCGAGGUGUCCAGGAGCAGCCCCUUCAGCCAGAGCCUGCUGUGCCCCGACGACUGCUUCGUGCUGGACACGGGCGCCGGGGGAAAGGUCUACGUGUGGAAAGGGCGCAAAGCCAACGAGCAGGAGCGCCAGGCGGCUCUCAGCGUGGCCGAGCAGACCAUCGCCCGCAUGGGCUACUCGCCCCGCACGCAGGUGGAGAUCCUGCCGCAGGGCCGCGAGACGCCCCUCUUCAAGCAGUUCUUCACCAACUGGAAGUGAGGGGGGGACACCGUGGGGACAGGACGUCCCCCUGCCCCCCCCGGGCCAUUUCCAAGGCCAGGCCACCCCCGUGCCCCAUCCCCUGCUGUCCCCAAGCCCAUUUUGUCCCUGUGCCCACGCCUGUCCCCUGCCACCCCCCUCCCCACCCGCUCUGCUGCUGUACCUCUGCCACCUCCACCCUGCCCCGUGCCCACUCCCCGUCCCCGUGCCACCCCUGCCCCGUCACUGCCGUGCUCACGUGCCACCCCCUCUCUGCACCCGUGCCCUGGCAAUAAAGGCCCGAUGCUGA